AACACAACCARGAAAAAAGACAAAGAUCAAGCCAACUCUACGGCUGACUCGGAAGCUGUUGUGAACAAUCAAUCAUGAUCCAAUGCAAUGCAUCGUCCACUGGUCGGAGGACGCUCCUUCUCCUCGCCCAAAAACAACGACAGCAUCAAUCAUCGUUGUCGUCCUCAUUGCCAUUAAAGUCUCGUGAUCCGCUUUGUCGACUAUAUUCUUCGUCGAARGCAUGCCGCAAAAAAGACCUUCCUCCCCCCCUCCCCCCCAAAAMCGGUGGCAGCAGCAGCAAGCAAGCCAAGGGAUUCCCGUCCCCGUCCCCGGCUCAGGCCAAAAAGGAAUACCUCGAAUCCCAAAAGCGAACCGGUGAAUUUUUGCAGGAUCCCCAGGCCAAUAUUUUGAGGUUGCAGAAAGAAAUGAACGAGACGAAAGCAAAGCUCCUGACGGUUCACGACAAGCCGAUUUGGAGACGCGUCGUCGAUCGGUUCAAAGCCAAGAGGCACUCGGUCAUCAAUUUGCUGUGUGCCAGCAUGGCCUAUAUUCUGGCGCACAAGCUGCAUCUAAAGAUGAAGGCCAAUCAGGAAUUGCAAGAAGAGAUCGACUCGGAACACGCCAAAAACUCYGAGCUCAGAGCCCUGCUUCGGUCCCUGACGACAGAGGAAUUUUUGAGAGACGUGCUGGCCGAGGCGACAUCUGCGGGUGACGACAACAGCCCGGAAAGCRUUUCAAAUGCAAACGAAAAUUCUUCAUCUUCUUGGUGGUCGUCGACAAGCUCACAGACGACAAAAUCUGCAUCGCAAUCCGUAGACAGCGACGCGUUGGUAGAUGCCCUGCGCACUAAAUUGCAAGCCCGCAUCGGCGACGAAGGCCUGGAAGAUGCCGAUCGCAAGGAGAAAAACAUCCAGGAAAUCUGGAAAGAAAACGAGAAACGAAUAGAGGAGACGGAAGAAGGAUUGGCGGUAGCACUGGCCGCUGUCGCGGCGGAAGGGCAACCCGGGGAGGCAUCUGCAACAACGUCCUCUUCGAAAAAACGAGUUUUCGACAUGUAGAGUUGGAAAUAGCAUCAGAUUCAAAUCUCUCUUUGAUUGGUUAGAGAAAAGGAAAAAAGAGCGCACUUGCAA